AUGAACUUCUUCAUAUUCAAAUUCAGUAGGGAGUGUCGAUUCCAGAUGGCCCUCGCCUUCACCAUCCUAAAUCUGGUUCAGGCCACCCUUGGAAUGCUCAUAGCAGGAUGGUCUUUGUAUCUUUGCUUGGAAGUUUCCAAACAUCUGUAUGCGGAAAAAGCAGAGAUCACGUUCGUCUUCACGGUCACAGCACUCUACGGAACGCACAUCAUCUUCCAAUAUUUGAUGGGCAUAAAGAUCUGCGCAAAAUGUUUCAACAAAGCGCACAAGUUCGAAUCUCCUCAACCUUUUACAAUAAACCUGACUUAUACCCGCUCAAUUUUCAGGAGAAGCACAAAGAGACACCUAUAUUUCUGGUUGGCUAUCGGUGGUAACACUCUUCUAAACGUGCUCAUCCUAUCAACGAUGUCUGUAAAGAUAUCUAAGCACAUCGUGCGAUCCAUCAGGCAUUCGAUGGAGAAAGGUAUGCGGAAUUAUCUGAAGGAUCCGCUUUGGAAGCACACCAUUGAUAGGUGGCAGUUCCAUUUGCAGUGCUGCGGAGUGAACAACUUCAAGGAUUGGUACGAAAUCUCUUGGUUAGAUAAGUACCAAUUGGAUGUUACGAGUGACGAUGUCCAAAGGUUCGAAUGCAUGAACAAUCAAAGAUUGCAAUAUCCUACACUUUAUUUAUAUCAUUCAACCUCAACAAACCUCUAUAAAAUAUUAAUAAAAUUCACUUUUACUUUUGUUGUAAUACUGAAGAUUCACAGUUUAUACACAUGUUACUUGACAAAAUGUCCUGUACUUAAACUGCAAAUAUGCAGCUUUCUGUUGUCCAAAGAUCAUCUUCAUCUGCCUGUGGUACCAUGGAGCUGCUGCGAUAUAAACUUUCCGAUGCAGUGCUUCCAUGAUCCUCUGCAGCAGAUCCAAUCCGCUCACCUGUGGAAAGAACAACCCGAAUUCCUGGACGGAACGAUCUACAACAAAGGCUGCUUGACCGUGCUUCGAGAGCCGAUUGAGGCAUCCCUCGUCGGGCUAAUCAUCGUCACAUCCAUCUUAAUUAUCAAUCAGGUCAUAGCGAUAAUUGUGAUAUCCCGAUUGUUGUACACGUCCUGCAGGAACGCAGUCGUCCUGAGGGACGUAAUGGCUCCGAGUCCCGGCUGGCUCUUCGGAAGGGACUGCUUCUCCGCCACCAAGGGCCGAACCGUCUCCGAAGUGAUGUUCGUGAGUUACCACCGCAUAAAGCGAACAAAAAGAAAACAACCUAAUCUAUUCUAAUCAUAUAUAUAUAUUCUGCGAUCUUAUUUAAAGAGUUUGGGGGAGGAAAAUCGGGAUGGAGAAGUCAUGGUGCUUUCAGCUGCGAAGGAAGAAACUAAAACUGCGGAGACUCCAACCGA